CAAGCUCAUAAUCGGCAGGAGAGAUGGAGAUAUGGGUGCGGAAGGGUUAAAGUGACAUCGCGCUCGCCCUGUUUCGGGGAAGUGAGAGGCAGGCAGUGGAUUUGAAUGGAGGGUGGUCUCAAGGGGAAAUACGUUUCCUGCGUUAGGAAAUAAAGCGAAUGGAAAUGUGUCCAGGAUCGAAGAUUAAAAACUAGUUUCUCCCCUCCACUGGAUUGGGCGGAGUGGGAAACGACGCGUCAACAUCUCAGCAGUCCAUUCCGAUCGAGGAAGCAAUCGCUUUACAUGACAAACGUGGAUCUAAAAGCGUCGUUUGCAGGAAAGCAUCUAAAUGUGGUUUCGUUUGUGUUCCUACUGUGAAACGCUGUAGCUUUGAAUAUUUCCCAUAUGUAUCCCAUAUACCCUCUCUCUCUAUCACGUGCAAAAUAUUCAUGCACGUGUAUCAUACGUACAUAGCAACAAGACGGCGAAUUAUGAGGAGGGAAUUUAAUGUCUGUAAACAACUGCACUUACGGAGGACGCAAGCCCAAAUACCUUACAGCUGCGAUCAAUGGAUUAUGGAGUCAUAUUUCUGAGGAUUUCCAACGCUUUAAAUCUCCAAGUGUACGAUGUCAAGACGUGGACGAUGUCCAGACCCAUGACUAUUUCAACGAUAAUCUUAGUUUAAACUGCUUAUUUUACAUUGUGUGUUCUAGGAGCCUGGAUCCCCUGAACAGACUGAAGUCGCGGAAAAUUAACAGAGCGAAGGAAGAGAAUACGGUGGAAGACAAGAAAUAAACGCAGCCACGUAGAGAGCAAUGAGGAUAUUAAACAGAAAAGACUUGGUUAAAUUUGACGCUAUUUUCCAUCUGUUCUAAUGAUGAAAUCAUCAUAAGGAAUGCGAUAUUUCUUUCUUGAUUGUCUACCAUUAAUGAUAUUUAAUCUGUUCUUACGGGGAAUACGGACGAGCUGAAGCAUUUUGACAACAGAGAAUCUUUAACUGUUGGAUUUUUUGUUGUUGAUUUUUGACGAUAAUCAGUAGUUAAGUCCUCCAGUUAUUAUAGGGACGCACCUCCGGACUUGCCCUCUUAGCAGUAUGUAAUAGCUAUGUGAAGUGUUCCUGGUAUAGCUAUGUGAAGUGUUCCCGGUUUGUUUUUUGGCUCAAGCUAAGCGUCGUACGCCCUGAUCUCUCGAGAGACUCCGGGCUGCCGUGCACGCUGAGGAGACGCGCGCGGACGCAUUUGACUCGGAGCCCAGCAGCUGGGGAGCCCUGCCGCAGGUGCUCGUCUGCGCUCGUGACAUGGAUGACUCGGGGAUUAUUCGUCGUAGGAGGCUGCAGAAGGAUCUUCCCCUUCCCCGCAAAAGCAGCAGUUGCCGUGCAAGCAACAGGAAGAGCCUCAUCCUGACCAGCACCUCCCCCACACUGCCCCGCCCACAUUCGCCCAUCCCAGGUCACAUUGGGAGCAGCCCCAUGGACAGCCCCCGAAACUUCUCCCCCAGCGCCCCCACGCACUUCUCCUUCGCCUCCUCCAGGAGAGCAGAUGGGAGGCGAUGGUCUCUGGCCUCACUGCCUUCUUCAGGAUACGGGACCAACACACCAAGCUCGACGUCCUCUAGCUCCUCCCAGGAGCAGCUGCCCUACCAGCCCACCAUGGAUGAGCUGCACUUCCUCUCCAAGCAUUUCGGCAGCACGGAGAGCAUCGCCGACGAUGAAGGGGGACGCAGCUCGCCCCAUUUGCGCGCCCGGUCCCGUAGCCUGAGCCCGGGACGAUCACCCUCCUGCUACGACAACGAGAUCGUCAUGAUGAACCACGUGUACCAGGAACGCUUCCCAAAGGCCACGGCGCAGAUGGAGGAGCGGCUGAUGGAGUUCAUUCGGCGCCACGCCCCAGAGACCACGCUGCCGCUGGCCGAUGGGGUCCUCAGCUUCAUUCACCACCAGAUCACCGAGCUGGCCCGGGACUGCCUGACUAAGGCCCGGGAUGCUGUCAUCACCUCUGUCUACUUCCUGGAGCUGCAGGAGAACCUGGAGAAGCUCCUGCACAAUGCAUUUGAGCGGUCAGAGAGCUCUGAGGUGGCCUUCAUCACUGAGCUGGUGAAAAAACUCCUCUUCAUCAUCUCUCGCCCAGCCAGGCUCUUGGAGUGCCUGGAGUUUAACCCAGAGGAGUUCUACCACCUGCUGGAGGCGGCAGAGGACCACGCCAAGGAGGGACACCUGAUGAAGACGGACAUCCCCAGAUACAUCUUCAGCCAACUGGGUCUGACCAGACACCCACUGGAGGAAAUGGUGAAUCUGGACAGCUAUGACAGUGAGGGAUCCCACACUCCUGAGACGGACGAUUCUGCAGAGGGCAAGAUCAAAGCCAUGAAGCCACCGAGCGAGAAUGACUUUCAGACCAUCAAGCUGAUCAGCAACGGGGCGUAUGGCGCGGUGUACCUGGUCCGGCACCUGGAGACUCGCCAGCGCUUCGCCAUGAAGAAGAUCAACAAGCAGAACCUGAUCCUGCGGAACCAGAUCCAGCAGGCCUUCGUGGAGCGCGACAUCCUCACCUUCGCCGAGAACCCCUUCGUGGUCAGCAUGUUCUGCUCCUUCGAGACCCGCAGGCACCUCUGCAUGGUCAUGGAGUAUGUGGAGGGAGGGGACUGCGCCACUCUGCUGAAGAACAUCGGGGCGCUGCCGGUGGAGCUCGCGCGCAUGUACUUUGCUGAAACUGUGCUGGCUCUGGAGUAUAUACACAACUACGGCAUCGUGCACCGCGACCUGAAGCCUGACAAUCUGCUGAUCACCUCCAUGGGGCACAUCAAGCUGACGGAUUUUGGGCUGUCCAAGAUGGGCUUGAUGAGCCUGACCACCAACCUGUAUGAGGGCCACAUUGAGAAGGACACCCGUGAGUUCCUGGACAAACAGGUGUGUGGCACACCGGAGUACAUCGCUCCGGAGGUGAUCCUGCGGCAGGGCUACGGCAAGCCGGUGGACUGGUGGGCCAUGGGGGUCAUCCUGUACGAGUUCCUGCUGGGCUGCGUGCCCUUCUUUGGAGACACGCCCGAGGAGCUCUUCGGACAGGUCAUCACAGACGACAUUGUCUGGCCAGAGGGUGAGGAGGCACUUCCUGCUGAUGCUCAGAGCCUGAUAUCUGCCCUCUUAGAGACCAACCCCCUUCUGCGGCUGGGCACAGGUGGUGCUGUUGAAGUGAAGCAGCACUCUUUCUUCACUGAGCUGGACUGGAACAGCCUACUGAGGCAGAAAGCUGAGUUUGUUCCUCAACUGGAGUCUGAGGAGGACACAAGCUACUUUGACACACGCUCUGAGCGCUAUCCCCAAAUAAACUCGUAUGAUGAGGACGACACCAAUGAUGAUGAGCCGGUGGAGAUCCGCAAGUUCUCCUCCUGCUCCCCUCGCUUCAGCAAGGUCUACAGCAGCAUGGAGCACCUGUCCCAGCUGGAGCAGAAGCCCCCCUCCUUGGCCAGGCGGGACCCCAAGGGCCAAGUGGAGGAACGGGCAGCCAAACGGGAGAGCCUGGGGAGCCUCACCCUGCGGGACAAGAGCUGGAGGACUGGCUCUCCGGAGCUGGGAGCCCGCAGGAAGCGGCUGUCCUAUUCCGAAUCCUCGUUCGCAGACAGCGACCCCAACUCCCCGCUGGGCGCCCGGCGACGGUUCUCCGCCCUGAUGGAUGUGCAGCGCUUCACCUCUCCACUAGAGGGUGAGGUUGAGCCUCAAGUCAAGGCCAGAGGUUGGUCCUUCAGCCAGGUGGAGGUGAAGGCUGCCCUGCAAGAGGGAGAUGGUACUGCAGCCUCAGACAAGCUGCCCAGACCAAGCGAGACACCCAGUGGGACAACAGUUCCCCCUCCAGUUGCUGUGAGAGGGGACUUGGACCCCCAGGGGUCCCGUCCCACUGGCAGCCUGGCCAUGCGGUGGACGCGACACCAGCAGUUGCCAGGAGACGGGGAGAGGCGUGGCUUGCGACCCGUGACUAAGGUCACCAAGUCCGCCUCGGCGACCGCGCUGUCCGUCAUCAUCCCUGCAGUGGAGCAGCAUGGGAGCUCUCCAUUGGUCAGUCCCUUGUCUCCGCGCUCCUUCUCCUCCGACCCCUCUUCGCGUGACUCCUCCCCCAGCCGUGACUACAGCCCGGCGGUCAGCGUGCCGAGGUCUCCCAUCACCAUCCACCGCUCCGGCAAGGCCUAUGGCUUCACCCUGCGGGCCAUCCGCGUCUACAUGGGAGACAGCCACGUCUACAGCGUGCACCACAUCAUAUGGCAUGUGGAGGAAGGAGGCCCUGCACAAGAGGCGGGGCUCUGUGCUGGUGACCUCAUCACCCAUGUGAACGGAGAGUCCGUGCACGGAUUGGUCCACACAGAAGUUGUGGAGCUCAUUCUGAAGAGCGGCAACAGGGUGACGGUGACCACCACGCCCUUCGAGAACACCUCCAUCAAGAUCGGCCCGGCGCGCAAAGCCAGCUACAAGUCCAAGAUGGCGCGGCGCAGCAGGAAGACGCCAGCCAAGGAGGGACAGGAGAGUAAGAAGCGCAGCUCUUUAUUCCGCAAGAUGACCAGGCAGAGCAACCUGCUGCACACCAGCCGCAGCCUCUCCUCCCUGCAGCGCUCCCUCUCCUCCGGGGACAGCCUUCCCACCUCCCCCACCCAGGGCUACCGCCCUGCCCCAGACUCCACCCAUUUAGGUUCUCUGUCCCAGAGCGCCCCUACUGGCCCCCUGGUGUCACAGCACAUGCGGCCCAGCUCCCUGCAUGGUCUCUCCCCAAAACUACACCGCCAAUACCGAUCUGCCCGCUGCAAAUCCGCCGGCAACAUCCCCCUGUCCCCGCUGGCACAUACCCCCUCACCUGUCAGCUCCCCCCAGGCACCACCCCCUCCCCUGGCCCCUUCCCCAGCAGUGGGUGGCCCUAAGCUCCACCCCUCUCCGCCCCCAGUGCCUAGGGCCCGCCCCAAGAGUGCCGAGCCGUCGCGUUCCCCGCUGCUCCAGCGCGUGCAGUCGGCCGAGAGGGUGGACAAGGAAAGGAAGGGGGCGGGGGCAGCCGGCGGGGGCGGGGCUGCCAUGGCGAGCGCCGUCCGCAAGCACGCCGAGUUCCGCAGGGAUUCCUUCCACUGUGAGACGGGCCUGCAGAGCCUGCAGGAGACGGAGGCGGAGAGCACCGCGCCAUCCGAACUCGCUCCUGUCGCCGAUGGAACAAAAGGGGGCGGAGAGACAGGCAUGCUGCAGCCACCCACAAGGAGACUGGGGAGGCAGGAGUCCCCCCUUAGCCAGGAGGCACUGCUGUUGGUGAGGAGGGAGGGGCCCCUGGGGGUGAUGGGGCAGGGCAGGGGCAGGGCCGAUGCGCUGUCGCUCGUGACACACACACCCCCCACGGUACCAGCGAGCAGCACUCACAGUGGCCUGCAAGGCAUGGACCAGAAGCCCACAGGCAGGGACCCCCCAGCUCAGAAACAACCUCCAGCACCUGCAGAGUCAAAGCCCUCCUCAUCACUGGCCACCCCUACCUCUGCUGACCCAAUGUCUGGAAAGAUAUCCAUGUCUGCGGGCCAGCCUCCAGAAAGGUGUCCUCCAGUCUCAAGCGUGGGUUGCGACCCAAAGACCCCAGAGCCGCCGCCCAGGAACCGGAGGCACCAGGGGGUCCAGACAGAAGCCGGGAUAGCCAGCCAGAAGCAGGAGAGGGGCGAGCAAGACGGGCUGCUGCAGGAGGAAAGGGACAGGAAGGCAGAGUUAGGGCAGAGGAGGCAGGGCCAGGAAAAAGCCACAGUGAUGUCAGAGGGGACUCUAGGGACAGAGAUGGGGAAAGGCACCCAAAAGGGAAGAAUAGGCAGAACUCCAGCAGCAGGGGCAGAGAAACCCUGCCUUACUGGCCCUCCCCCAUCAGGUCCCACCACUGAGAACGCGCGUCUCCUGGAGGCAGUGGAUGAACACGCCCCUGGCCCCUCCCACUCUCCAACUGCCAUCUCCCCUGGCAACGGAAAGUUGCAAGCCACUACCCCAGCAGACAAGGCUGGAUUUGUGAAACAACUCACUGGUGUCGCCGAGGACAUGCUGGGGCCGCCCAAGGCCGGGUCUCAGGAGGGGCCCAAGGGGAAAGACAGCCACAAGGCAGUGGAGGAGAAGCAGGGAUACUCAGCAGGAAAGCCAGAGGCUUCUUCUGGCCCCACCUGCUCAAUUCAGCCACAUAAGAAGGACCUCCAAGAUUCUUCCAAAUUCCAGUCAUGAGAUCUGAUUUAAUGAGAGGGGUGGGUUGGGAAUUGGGCGGGGGGUUAUUGUAUGUUCAGGAACUGUACAAGUUCAAAAAAAUUCCAUCCAUCCAGGUGAAGAUGACUGAAGAACUAGAAUAAUUUCUUUAUACAUGUGUGUAUGUGUGUGUGUGUGCGUGUGUGUGUGCAUGUGUGUGUCUGCUGAUCAAAAUAAGUUAAAAUAAACUGUAAAAGUCAUUUAAUCAAUGGCUUUUCCAUUCUGUAUAUUAACUUUGUACUUGUGUGCAUAUAUUGACUUGCAAUUGCUUUGAGUCUUGGUUAGCUGCGCUAGUCUAACCUUAGCCUUGGUAAGCAAUAUAGGAACAGUCGCCAGGAUAAAGCCAAUGAAUAUAGCUGAGGAGGAGCUUCUAGGGAGGCAUGAGAUCAUUGGAGAGAUUUUUGUGAAAAUAGUGCAAUUCCAGCUCUGCGCAUAGCUUGAGGAUUUAAAUCCCGGCAAGCUAGCUGUGGCUCCGUACACAGACGGUGUUGUCCUUUCCAAAAAUACCAAAGCAUAGAUCAAACUAUGGCUCUGACUGUAGCUAGGCAGACCAAGGGACUGUACAACGUCACCCGUAAUUCUGAGGUGUUUUUCCUUGUGAAGUGUCACCACUGAACAAGGUUUAAAAAAUAAGAUCAAACGAUCAAAGUGUCCAUCAGGAAAAACUGGCUUCAGAUCCUAAAUGAUUUUUAUACUUUUUUGUUUUAAUGCAGUUUGUCUUUUGGAGUAAAUUGGAUCGCUGUAUAAAACAUUAUGUAUUGUGUGCUAAGAUGGGGUACAAUAGUUAAUUUCUCUUUUUGUACUGGUGUCCAUUCCUGGAUGUAUAUAGGUCCAUACUUCUUUCACUGUUCGGCUCUUCCCUUUGCAGCAUUGUUGGUUGCCAUUUUACAUAUGGACUUUCUCAGUUAUAUCACUAUGCAGUCAUUUCAAGUCACUGCUUGAAUGUUUGUUUGUUAUUUAUUUGAGUACAUAAUUGUGACUGGAUAUGAAAGAUGGAGAUGCAUGAAGUGCACUGAGUGGAAAAAGAAUGAAAAUAAAAGAACUGCUGUACUUGAAAAAACCUAGGCCCUGUCCAUUGUAUGUGACAGAUUGUCUUCAAAAAACAGUAUGUUGCUACUGUAAAAUAAAAUCCCAAUAGGCAAACACCUUCAUUUGACUAGUGAUAUUUGGACAACUUGAUUGAUGUCUGAUGUAAUACUGUGAAAAUUGUGGGAUUGCUACAAAUUUCAAAAGUUUGCGGAAGCUGACAUGAAUUUUUUUUCCCUAAAUCAGCACCGUCUAUUUUAAAUAACCUAGCAGUCCCUCUGCUUUAUUCUGUUGUCUCCUGGAUAUAGUUAUACAUCAUGUGUCUCAGAUACCAAUACAUAUUGACAGAGUCUUCAUCUCUGACUGGAGGCCCUCUGUAGAAAUGUGUGGUUGCUCACCCCAUUAUAAACCUGCAGACCAGACGAGGCUUAACAUCUACAAGUCAACAGCACAGGGUGGGCAGCCAUCUCUGAAAUAUGUGCAGGGUAAAUGUUGGCCCCAACAUGAGAAGGGAGAGAAAACUAAAGCCUCAUCUUAUUGAAACUGCAAAAAUUAAGUUUCCAUUGGAGUUAGUGUUGGUGGGGCAAUAGGAGACAGUCUUCAUAUUACAUUACAUAGGACUUUAAUACUCCAAAGAGUUCUAUUUAAGGACACAAAGAGCAGACGUGCUUCUUAUAUAGAUAAUUAGAGCAUUGGUAAUUUUACACAACUUCUAUUCACAUAAUUUUUUGUAUUUAUACAGUGUACCCAUUGUUUGUACCUCAUCUGAUUAAGGAGACUUAAGUCUAAAUGUUCUCCCAUUGUAACAACAUAAUAUGAACAAAAGAAGUGAUUUCACUUGAUAAGUAAAAUUGUAUGAUUGUAUGAAAAACUAUGAUUAAAAAUGAAGAACAAGU